AUGGCUUUUACUCAACUCGAGUAUGCUCAUCUGCUAGGCAUAGGGGCAGUUCUUCUAUGCUUAGCAGUAGUAUGGCAACUCCUCCUUUCCCCCCUGAGAGCUUUCCCAGGACCAUUCGUUGCCAGAUUUACUGAUCUUUGGCGUGCUGCCGCCGUACUUCCUGGACAAAUCGACAACGUCAACCGCAGAUGGCACAAGCGAUAUGGCUCUGCUGUUCGGGUCGGCCCCAAUACUAUCAUUCUCAACGGCCCGGAGAUGAUAAAGAUCGUGUAUUCAACAAAGAAGGCUUGGGUUAAGAGUGAUAUGUACAUGAUCAACGACGUCCUUCUUAAUGGCAAACGGCUGGCCAACAUCUUCAACACGCGGGACCUUGAAUGGCAUGCACAGCAAAUCAAGCCCAUCUCCAAGUUCUUUUCCAUGAGCCGACUUAUGGAUAUUGAGCCCCUGUUAGACGUCACAAUCAAUAUGCUCACGUCCAAGCUCAACGAAAAGUUUGUCGAUGGACCAUCAAAGGGCAAAGUGUGCAUGAUGGAUGACUGGCUGGGCUGGUUGGCUUGGGACUCCAUGGCCAAUGUCACUUUUGGGAGACAUUACGGCUUUAUCGAGAAAGAGCAAGAUGUUGAUGGUUUGAUCAAGGAUUCUGUAAACUCGAUGCGUUACUUUGCCCCUGUCUGUCAAAUCCCUUGGCUCGACUAUCUCCUCGACAAGAAUCCCAUCAAGCGGAUCGGACCUAAACCACAGCUGACGGGUACCAUGUACGCGGUAAGGGCCAUAUCCGAAUACAAGCAAGAGAUUGCCGAAAAGGGGUUGAAAUCUCAGAACGUUCCUCACCUUCUCGACAAGUAUCUCGGCCUGGAGGAGCAGUAUCCGGGGAUGGUCAAUGACGCUCAACUUGUGAAUUGGCUUCUGCCGACAGUCAUUGCCGGCGGCGACACGACGGCUUCGGCCAUGCGUGCUGUUGUGUACUUUUUGGCCAAGAAUCCAGAGACGAAGCAGAAGCUCUUUCUUGAGCUUGAUCAAGCAAACCUGGAAACUCCGGCUCAGUGGAAGGACCUGAAAGAGCUGACUUAUCUGGAUGCUGUUAUUCGAGAAGCUAUGCGAGUUUGCCCUGGCAUCGGUCUUGCCCCGGAGCGUGUCGUCCCCGAGGGUGGUCACAUCCUUCCAGAUGGUCGAUUUCUCCCAGCUGGUACAAAGGUCGGCCUGAAUCCCGCGGUAACUAGCCGAGAUACUGGCGUCUUUGGCGCCGAUUCUGACUCCUUUGUCCCUGAGAGGUGGCUCAGGCAGGACGGUGAGGCAGAGGACGCGUUUAAUCAGCGGUUCAGACGAAUGCACGAAGUCUUGGACUUUGUGUUUGGAGGAGGAACACGCGUCUGCUUGGGGAAGAACUUGGCCAAGUUGGAGAUUUACAAGGCUAUUGCGACGCUGUAUAGCCUCUACGACAUAAACCUCGUUGAUCCUAGACACGAGUGGAAGCACUACAGCUGCUGGUUCGUAUAUCAGCUGGAUAUACCUACAGCGAUCUCGCGUCGGACUUAG